AUGUCAAUCGACGAUUCUGCACAACCGCAGCAGACAUGGUCCCCAACAUACCCGCCACGCAGGGAAUCCAUGCAGCAUCCCCAUCCAUAUGGCCAUACUCCCGCCAGCAGCGGAUCUUGGUCGGUGAUCGAGCCACAUGCCCAGGAUGGUACGAUGGGGAACCCCAAGAAGAGUGCGGCCUCGCUCGAACACCAUGAUCUCAGCCACAGCAGUUCCUCUCGUGGCAGCUUGGAAAGCGUCGCUCUCGCAGCGGACAGCCAUGAACCUCUGGCAUAUCACCACCAGCAACCGGAAACCCCACAAAGCAAGCGAAAAUCAACCCCGGGUAUGAUUCUACCAGACAAUCCGUCGAGUUCUACAGAUAAACUCGCCGUCAGACGCUCAAGAAUCACCCGCCCACUCUCCAAUCAUUCCUCCAGCUCCGACCUCGCCCCUGGAGCACACCGUCGCAACCUCUCAGCUUCCCCGUACAUGCAUGCACGAUCAUCGUCCAGGAAUUCCAGUGCAUCCCACGACAAUCGCUCCUCGUCUUUCCUGGAUCUCCUCAACACCUCCUAUCCCCAACCAGGCCCAGGAGCAUCAAAGCUCAACAAUAGCUCUCUCCGCGCAUCAGUCGGCAACAAUGCCUCCUUACUUAGCCACAAACAGACAUUUGAGAUGUACCUGGCAAACGUGAAAAAGACAGACGAACCCGCAGUGCUCUACGAAUUCGCCGUAUUCAUGAUCAACUCCAUGCGCGACAUGCCAUCUGUCGACCUCGAAGACUCUAGCUCGAUCACCCGCGCCAGACUGAUGCGCGAGUCAAAGUCCAUCCUGCAACGGCUCGCAGAUCGCAGCUACCCCUUCGCACAGUACUACCUUGCUGACGGCUAUGCGUCCGGACUCUUCAACAAGGGCAAGCCAGACCAAGACCGUGCCUUCAGCCUUUUCGUCGCUGCUAGCAAACACGGCCAUGUGGAGGCGUGUUAUCGCACAGCGCUGUGCUACGAAUUUGGUUGGGGCUGUCGUGCGGAUGGUGGUCGCGCUGUGCAAUUCUACCGCCAAGCCGCGUCGAAAAACCACCCCGGAGCGAUGAUGCGCAUGGCCAAUGCCUGUUUGGCAGGAGAUAUGGGACUAGGAAAACGGUAUCGAGAGGGAAUCAAAUGGAUGAAGCGAGCGACCGAAUCUUCGGAUGCACAGUAUAACGCGGCGCCCUAUGAACUGGGCCUCAUGCAUGAGACAGGCUACGGUGAUGACGUUUUUGUCGACGAAUCCUACGCUGCUCAAUUAUUCACAAAAGCCGCGGAAUUGGGUCACCAGGAAGCGGCGUAUCGAUUGGGCGAUGCUUACGAACACGGCAAAUUGAACUGUCCCCGUGAUCCUGCUCUCAGUAUUCACUUCUACACCUCCGCCGCGCAGACCGGUCACCCGUUGGCGAUGAUGGCUCUGUGUGCGUGGUACCUCGUCGGCGCUGAACCAGUCCUUGAAAAAGAUGAGAAUGAGGCAUAUGAAUGGGCAGCUAAGGCUGCGGAACUUGGUCUCGCAAAGGCUGAAUAUGCCGUCGGCUACUUCACCGAAAUGGGUAUCGGAUGCCGGCGCGACCCCCUCCAGGCGAACGUCUGGUACGUCAAGGCAGCCGAUCAAGGCGAUGAGCGUGCGAAGCACCGCAUUGCUGCCAUCCGAGCUGCCGCCGACGGUGCAAACCCCGUCAAUGCAGCUCGGCAUGGCCGGUUCAGAAAGGAUAAAGGCCAAGGUGAGUCCUCCGCGAAGAAUAUACAACUCCAUAUAAAUGGAUUUAAACUGACAUCCAUGUUUCCUUUAGAUGGCGAGAAACCAAAACAGAAGCGUUUCAUGAUUUUCUAA